UUUUACGCACAUUUUUUAAGUUUUCGUCUAGAAUGGAGCUCAGAAAUGCUAAACAAAAGGAUUACAAAUCAAAAUUAAUAAACUUAGGACUUUAUGAGGAAGGAAUGAAACUGGAGGAGAUGCAGCAAGUAAUGCAAGUACUGGAGGAAUCUGAAUUAGAAUGCGAAACAGUUUUCUUUGAAAACGAUCUGGAACGUGCUCUGAAAGAAAGUGAGCUGGACUUUGACCAGAUGUACUGUGAUGUGCACUCAUCCACAUUAAUCGAACCCGAUCAUAACAGGAAUUGUAAUGUUUUGAAACUAUUACCAAAGUGCAUCCCCAACACCCCGGUGACAUAUAUUCCGAGCUCUGACGCUUUACCUUUUGACAGUCCUGAAAUAGCUUCCGAAAAAAUUGAUGUGAAAGCCAUAGUGCAUCACGAGCUGAAUUAUAGUCCUCCGCAAGUGAAACAUGAGUUUGGAAAGUCAUUACAGCCCAACUUCAAGUUUCCAUCCAAAACAUAUAACCAAGAUAAUAACACUUUGAAAAAGAAAAUGAAGGAGGAAAAUCAAAAUUCAGAUGUCCAUAUCAUUAAGCGCACGCGGUUACUAACUUCGUCUCCUGAAAUACAUAGGAAUAGUGUGGAAACUCAUUCUCCGUGUGAUUCUGACGAACUUGGUCCAAUCACAGAUGAUAGUCAUUCUGACCCAUCCUUUUGAGUGCUUGUGGUAUUAGAGGCCGUAAACUGCUUUGUUUGGUCGAAAAGUUAAAUAUUUUUUGUUAUAAGUUGUACUGAAAAUAAAU